AUGCCCUCCUUUCGCACCGGUAGAGCCUCCAAAGCCUGUGAUUCCUGCCGCAAGAACAAGACGAGAUGCUAUGCGUCCAGCAAGAUCAAGGGCACUUGUUUGCGAUGUGAAACUCUGUCGCUCGAAUGCUCCCUGAAGGAGGACUUGACCAGGAAUGCGCUGCUCGACCAUGUUGAGCAAGCUACCACGGCUACGGCAUCGCCUUCUCAUGCUGCAGUGGUGGAUACGAGACUCGACAGGCUGGAGGCGUUGGUCGACAGACUCGUCAACCGUCUCGAGUCUACCCUCGACAAUGUUGCGCCUGUCACACGGGAACAUCACCGUCGCACCCCACCUCUGAGCGAGAAUGGGGCGGGAGCAACCUCAUAUUACCCCCGUCCUCGCGAGAGACACCCGGCUCCGGUAUUUCUCAUCCGUGAUGCGUGUACCGAUGCCGGUGUCGGUUCGCCGGAGCAUCCUGAAGCCGGUGCGAGUCAAGAUGUGAUAUCGACAGGUCUCGUUCCACUGCCCACGGCGCAUACGCUGCUCAGAAUAUUUCAUCUUCACUACGGCCGAUGGGUCAAGUUCUCGGAGGACUUGUCUAGUGAGGCACUCUUGCUUCAGGUCCGGCACUCGCCAUUGCUACUCUGUAGCCUCUUUCUGAUUGCUGUGCGACACACCACUGACCAGCUGGCGGACCAACUUGCGCCGAGGUUGUUCGAAGAGGCGAAACGGCUGCUCAGCGCUUCUUUGCUCACUGUGCCUCAGGGAAUCGAGUUUUACCAGUCCAUCGUUAUUCUAAGUCUUUGGUCAACAACCAUCGGCCAGGUGCCGCUGAGCGUCGAUAGCUGGGUGCUAACGGGGUAUGCUUUGCAGCAAGCCAUGGCCAGCCCUUUCUUCAUAGAUACCUUUCAGUACAGCACAACUGCGCCUGUCACCAAGGCCCAUUGUGAUGCAUGGUGUCUUUGGACCCAUCUAACACUGGCGCAUCUCCAGUCAGUAUUCCUUGUCUGUGCCACUGAGGGAGAGCACAAGACCGCUAAUCCGAUUGCAGCUCUUGUGUUGGCAUGCAGAGACGCGCCAUAA